AUGGCCGCCCUGGAAUUCGGUCGACCCUCCAACACCCUGCAUCAAGGCGCUGAUGACAAUCAGCCGCUAAUGCCUCUUGACCUAGCAACUGAGCAGGCAACUGCUCAAACCCUCCCGUGGGGUGUGGAUGAGUACUUAUCCGAGUAUCUCUCCAACACCUCCAGCUCACCUGAGCUUGCUGAUUAUGUGCAAACUCAUUACCCUUUCAACUACCUACCGAACCCUACAACAAUACCAAACCACGACGCCGACAUGGUAGCCCCUACCAACAGAACAAUUGAAGGAUCUCCUGCGACAGAGAAACAGAACUUGUCACCACCCCAAGCGGCUCAGGGCGCACAGAUGACCAAUCUCCAACUUCGAGCCGCUUCACGCAAGCCUAAGAACCGCCGAUAUAAGGUGACCACAGACACGCCAGCACACGUCCGAGAAUGCCAUCAUCUCGCCGAGAAGCAGUACCGCAUCCGACUCAAGGCGCAGUUCGAGAGUCUGUUGGCAGUGCUGCCGGCGUCCAGAACAAACACCCUAGCUGAUAGGGACAGCUCGCCAAGCUCAGGGCAGGUCUUGAGUAGGGGUCAAAUACUUGACCUUGCACGAGAGCGUAUUCUCGACUUGGAACAAGAGAUUGGAAUCAUGAGGAGCAUUACAUCUGAUGGAAAUCCCUUAACCUGA